AUGUACUUACCUAAACAAAUCCAAAAACUUCUGAGCAGCGGACUCAUUCGCAGUGGCUCCCUCCUCGAUUCCCAUUUUCUGUUUGAUAGUUGGAUCGCCUGGAUGAAUGAUCGAAACUACAAUGAUUCCAAGAAUAACUGCGUGCGUUGUGGUUAUCGCAUAGUACAUGACUGCUCGGGAACCAAGACGACCCGAGGUUUUUCCGUCGAGUUGGGAGAGUCCUUCAAAAUAAUUUCUUUGGCUUCACAGAUGUUUCAAAGACCUGAGACAAUCUCACCUGACACGAUACUUGCAGCAAUCAAGGGUAACACCAUAGCCUUCAACAUAUUCAUGAAGAGUUCUCCCGGAAAGCCGACAUAUCUGACAACGUCUGGAGAUGGUUCUAGAUUUCGAAGCACUCCUCCAAUUAUGGCACCCAUUAUGAUUCCAGCCAUUGUCAUUAGUAGUAACAUGUUCUUGGUGAGCCAUGAUGUCCAUCGGUUUACUGUUUUGUUCGUAGACAUUCCCAUUUUUGGAGGAGCUGGAAACAAAACUUGA